CGCAUAUAAAUUCAACCAAAAGCUUCUUCAUACCUUCACCAAUAUUAAUAUAGAAUAUAGAAGAUGGAAGAUUGAAGAUUGAACCAAACUAGGUAAAAAUUAAUUAAUUUUCCAAUUGUUUAUCAAAAACUCCCCCUUCUUCAAUCUUCAAUCUUCAGUCUUCCCUGUCAUGGCGAACUUGAAGACUGAUAGUACCGUUUCGCGCCGUAUUGUCCGCGCUUUCUUGGACUUUAUUAAUUCUGUUGAACCUGCCCCUGGUGUUGAUUCUGAAGGUCUCGAAGUUGCCAAAGAUUGCUUAACAGAAGUCUUCAGACCUCAUCAACUGCCUGAGAGCGAGCGACCAGAACCUAAUAUAUUGUUAAAUAUAUUUAGCUCACAGGAAAGUAGUACAGAAAAUGAAGCCAAAACCAGCCAUAGCGAGGAGGCCAAGACUACAUCAUCAGCUCAAAAUCAUGUUAUCAGUGAUGUACCCGGGACAUCAAAAGUUCAGGGUGAUGUUCAAGUGAGAGAAAGCAAUGACACAGGAGUGUCUAAAGAUGAACUCUUUGGGCAAUUUUUUGAUGCAUUAGAGAAAAUUCACUUCUUUAGGACAACACCAAAUGGAGAUGAUGAUCAUGUUUUACUGGAUACUGCAACAUGCCUAUUUCACGAUGCUGUCAAUGAGAUGGAAAGAUCUGGAUGCAAGACAUUUGAUCGAAAAAAUCUGGCUGAUGCGCUCAAAACAUUAGGCAACAAAGCUAUGCAAUCUAAUCUAUACUCGGCUGCUAUUGAACAGUAUACUUGCGCAAUUGCACUAUGCGAAAAUGCAGUGUACUACUGUAACAGGGCAGCUGCUUAUACUCAAAUGCGCCAAUUCAAUGAAGCUAUUAAAGAUUGCCUUAAAUCCAUCGAAAUUGACCCGAACUAUAGCAAGGCAUACAGUCGGUUGGGACUUGCAUACUAUGCUCAGGGAAAGUACGGUGAUGCCAUUAGUAAAGGUUUCAAAAAAGCACUGGAAUUGGAUCCCAAUAAUGAUGCUGUCAAAGAAAAUAUUCGGGUGGCUGAGCAGAAAUUGCAUCAAGAACAAGAGCAAAGACGUCACAAUCAGGAGUCAAGGAACCAGGCUGCUCCACCACCUUUUACGUCCGUAUCAUUUGAUGCUGGUACAUUUCCUGCCAAUUUUGCUAGCAUGUUUGCCAACGUGGCUGGAAAUCCACCAAAUAACCAGAAUGGGCAAGGCAGACCAGCAGAAGAUAAUCAUGAAACACAAAACCCAUUUGUAUCAACUAACUUUAACAGCAUUUUCCCCCCAGAUGUUGCUAGCGUGUUCAUGAAUAUGGCAGGGGGUGCAUUUCAGGGGAAUGAUUCUCAGAGCAGGUCCACUGAACAAAACCGUGAAAAUGGAACGACUCAUUCGUUCUCAAACUUUUCAAAUAUGUUCAUGAAUAUGGCUGGACAUGGAUCUCAGGGACAAAGUCCUCAAGCUCAACCACAAGGAGCUAACAAUGUCGGUGAAGACCCAGGUAUAGGAGUAGGAGGCACAAGCUUCAGUUUCAACUUUAACAAUCAAACACCCGAGGAAUUAAAUAGGACUUUGAGAUCGAUGAUGGGAAUGUUCUCUGGGGAAUCACAAGCAGAUCCACAGAAUAAUGCUGAUGGAAGACCUGCCUCAAGAUAAUUUUUUAGCCCUGUAGUCUUAAUUACUUGUUACAUUUUCUGUGUUGCUAUUGUGGCUAGUACAAAUGGUACAGGUUUUUAGCUAGUAAAGUUUUGAAAACUUGCACAAUUGGUAUGCAUUACCUCUAAUCCUUAAAUAAUUUGUACAUAUAAAAUAUGUUUGUUAUCUGA